AGUAUUUUUGACAUGUCAGAGAGAGAUAUAGACAAUGAAAUCAAGAUUAUAAUUUCACACGCAUUUAAAAAUCUACGAAAUACUGUAUUUGUUUAUACCGUUUAAAAUUUUUUUUUGUUGGUAUAAAUACUCAAGUUAAUAAUGAACUUUAAUUUUAAAAUAAAUUAAAAUCAAAUGUUUUAUUUGUUUUGGUGCAGUUUUGUAAAAAGUGAAUUUCAUUGUGAAUCUUCAAUAAAUAUAUUGUGACGUUUAUUUAUUACUCAUCUGGAAGUAUCAGUCGACAAAAAAAAAAUUUUUUAAUCAUGGCUUUGACAAACGUUUUGUUGAUAAGUCAAGUUGCCGGAUAUGUCGUUGCUUCAAUACUGUCAUUAUGUAUAAUUGUUCCUAUGAGUCUUCAUCAGGAUGAAUUCAAAGGUCAUUGUCUUCUGUUCUCAACUGGAGUUUGGCAGGAAACAGACGGGCAAUUAGUUGUCAACUGGGGAUCACAAAUUUACUGCAACUAUACAAUAUUCGUAGGGUUAAUGCUUCUGAUAACAUCUUUGGUACAGAUAUAUCGUCUUUCAAUGUUAAUGUAUCAUGGAGAAGACAGUUCAUUUUUAUCAGCUUUUGUUGAUGUAGUCAGUUCAAUAUUUUUAGCAGCUGUAACUCUUAUUGCUGCAACAUUUAUAACUCUUGGUUUUAUGACUUGGUGUCAAUGCAUGUCCAAAAGAUUUCCAUCUUGUGAUCUAGCAGCUGGUAAUGAUAUUGAUAAAAAAGACAACAUCAAUACGUCGGGAUUUUAUAUUGAAUUAGGUGUCGCACAAUUUGGUGCUUGGAGCAGUCUCUCUGUCUGGGUCGGUCUGUCAGUAUUUGCUGUUUUAAAAUUACUUAAAUAUCAUCAGCUUGAAAACAUGAAAGUUUCUAUGUUUAGAGAGAGACAAAGAUUAAUUGAAGGCACGAGUAUAAGCCAACCGUACGAAAUAAAUUAAUUUAUUAUUUUUAAAACUAGCUCCAAAAAAAGAAUGAUACUGAAGUUAGCUGACAUGAAAUAAUUUUUAGAAGCUUUUUAAAACGAUAAAUUAUAAAAAAAAACAUUUGAAAAAAUUACACUUGUAGUUUUUUUAAUUUUCUACAUGUGCAUAUUUUCAUUUUUUUUUUUUUUGUUUUUUUUUUUUGUAAUUGAUUUGUUGGAAAAAAAAUCCGAAAAUUAUUAAUUGUCUGUCAGCUUCAGGAUCUAAAAAAAUAAUGUAUUAAAUAUACUCUCGGACAAUUUUAUUUGUUGGAAAAAUUUUUUCAAUACUGAUAUAAACAUAAUUUUUAAUAUAAGUUAAUACAUAUGUUUAAUAUUAAACAUAAUCUAUAGUUUGUAGUCAGUAUUAGACAUUUCUAUCAUAAGAAUUUGUUAAAUUUUAUAUUCAAAAUAAUUAUGAGCCAGUUGGAAAAAAGAAAAGUAAUGUACAUAUCAUAAAAAAUAUCUUACCAAUUAUUUAAUUAAACUCACUAAUUAAUUCACAAUAUUUAUGUAUAUAUAUAUAUGUUAAAAAAAAAAAUAUUUUAUUGUUUAAGUUAAUUAAAAUUAUAAAUAAAAAUAUAUUUUUGUUUUAUAUAAAUAUAAAUUUUUAUUGGCUAAAUAAAUAUUAUAAAUAAUAAUCAAUAACAUGUUAAAAAAAAUAAACAAAUUUAUAUAAAAUAUAUAAUAUUAAGGUGACUCAAAAAACCAACUUUUUUUUAUUUCGAGUCUCAUAUGAAAAUUUGUUAGCUUAAUGUUUUAAGAACCCUCUCCAAAAAUCAGCUCAAUACAAAAUUUUUAAGUGGUCGCUCGAAAAAUUUGGCAAUUCCAAAAAUGAUUCACAUUCGGAUUUUUUUUUAAAUUUUUUCUUUCUGGCAGAAAUAAUUUCCAUCUGUAAAAUCAAUACCAUGCUGAAAAUUUUAGUCCAAAAUGUAGAUUUUUAAGCGUCGUUCAAGAAUUUUGAAUAUUAACUCGUAAUAUGUAACUAAUACUUCGAAUUAAUUUUUGAAUUUUUUUAUAACUCAAUUAUUAUCACUUCACUAAAAUGUAACUUUUGCGUAACCGAAAAUAUACUAGACAGUCUUAAACAAUAAAAUUGAGUAUGAUUUGAAUAACAGUAAGAACCUAAAAAGAGAAUUAAAAUAUAAAAAGUAAGUAAAUAACUCAUUUUUUCUGUGUCGGGUUCUAUUUUUAUUUAUCAUGAUAUAAAUUGAUGGUGAAAAAAUUGAGAUGCUUUAAUAUUAACAUUCAAGGAUCGCUCGAAAACGUCAAAAGAGAGCACUCGGAAACGUUCAAAGUUCUUGAGCUUCGGUAAAUUAUUUAAAUUUCGAGUUGAAAUUUUCAGUAUAUUAUUUUACAGAUAUAAACUAUUGCUGUCACGAGAAAGGAAAAAAUUAGAAAAAAAAUCCGAAUUUCAAUCAUUUUUUGAAUUUUAAAAAUUUGUGAGCGACCUCUUAAAAAAUUUUUAUUGAGCUGAUUUUUGGAGAGUUCUGAAACCAACAAAUUUUCAUAUGAAACUUGGAAAAAAAAAAAAAAAUCGAUUUUUUUCGGUCACCCUGUUAUAUAUAUUAAUGAGUAGUGUUUAGAUUAAAGAGGUUUUUUGCAAACACCGAGAGAAUUUCUGCGACUGCCAGGAGGGCAAGAAAUUUGCGGCACAUUUAUGAUAACAAACGGCGCAGCAUCUGUCGAUAUACAUUGAAUUUCAUAAGUAGUUUCAUUAACACCAAGUACUCCAUCAGGUGCACAAGGACCGCCUUUAGUUCGUAAAUAAUAACAAACUCCAUUAUAAUUGACUAAACCAUCUUCACCGCAAGGAUUAACUUUGCACUUUGGUACAACGUCGUCUGAAGGCAGUACAACAUACUCGCCUUUAUCACACGGGCCUUGUCUGUAGGCUUCAUGACACCUGUGACUCAAUGGAAAGUAAAGAAAUCUAGGUCUACAAUCACAGAUCCACACACUUUUAUUACCAGCUCCUGGAUAAAGUAACAUAUUCUCUGGACAUUUGUCCGGAAUAUAAACUGGUAUUCGUUCUGUUACCUAUUGAAUAUAAAAAAAAAAAAUUAAUUAAUUUUAAUUAAUUAUUUUACUACUGAUAGAUUUAACAUUACAUACCGUAGCUAUAUUUCCACUAAUGUGCGACGUCUCUUCGUCAGUUGGAAAAUAAAUGUCUUGACAAUUACACAUUGCAAUGAUCAUAAAAAUACUUGAUAAAUAAAUAAACAUCUUGGUAAAAGAAAAAAA